AGGGCCAUAGUUAGGCAUCCCACAUUGGAGUACCCGGAGGAUGCGGUUCGCAUGACGCCUGUCCUCGUUUUGGCAGCUCUGCAACCAAGCCACUCUUCAGGAGCCGAAGGGCACCGAGGUCUCAGUCGUUUCCCAAGAGGGUGCUGAAGAAGGGGAGGGGAGGUCACUGAAGGCCCUUGAGAGACCUCUCCUCAUGCAGAGGAAUUGAAGCAACAGCCCCUGGUACUGCUGCUUCUUCUACUGCCAAGUGUCUGACAGCGCAUUCAGAGGAAGCCUGAAGUCUGUGGAGAAGGUCAAGAUGUGUAGCUCGAUUGCACCCAGGCUAUGGUUUUUGACGGAUCGCCGUAUCAGGGAAGACUACCCCCAGCAGGAAAUCCUGAGGGCGCUCAAAGCCAAGUGUUGUGAAGAGGACCUGGACUUUCGGGCCUUGGUGAUGGAUGAAGUGGUCCUGACCAUUGAGCAAGGAAACCUGGGUCUUCGAGUUAGUGGGGAACUCAUCACUGCUUACCCACAGGUAGUUGUGGUUCGUGUGCCAACUCCAUGGGUCCAGAGCGACAGUGACAUUACAGUUCUUCGCCAUCUGGAGAAGAUGGGCUGCCGACUGAUGAACCGUCCCCAAGCCAUACUCAAUUGUGUCAACAAGUUUUGGACUUUUCAAGAACUGGCUGGCCAUGGUGUGCCUCUUCCCGACACUUUCUCCUAUGGUGGUCAUGAAAAUUUUGCCAAAAUGAUUGAUGAAGCAGAGGUUUUGGAGUUUCCUAUGGUUGUGAAGAACACACGUGGCCAUAGAGGCAAAGCUGUGUUUCUAGCGAGAGACAAGCACCACUUGGCGGACCUGAGUCAUCUAAUCCGUCACGAGGCCCCUUACCUAUUCCAGAAAUACAUCCAGGAGUCCCAUGGCAAAGACGUCCGGGUCAUUGUAGUGGGAGGCCGUGUAGUAGGCACGAUGCUGCGUUGCUCAACAGAUGGUAGAAUGCAAAGCAAUUGCUCGCUUGGCGGCAUCGGAAUGAUGUGCUCCUUGAGCGAACAAGGCAAGCAGUUGGCCAUCCAGGUGUCUAACAUCCUGGGGAUGGAUGUAUGUGGCAUCGACCUCCUCAUGAAGGAUGAUGGCUCCUUCUACGUCUGCGAGGCCAAUGCAAAUGUAGGUUUCAUUGCCUUUGAUAAGGCUUGUAAUCUAGACGUAGCUGGUAUCAUAGCGGACUAUGCCGCUUCUCUUCUUCCCCCCGGUCGCUUGACACGACGCAUGUCCUUGCUCUCUGUGGUAUCCACGGCUAGCGAAACGAGCGAGCCAGAGCUGGGCCCUCCAGCUAGCGCCACUGUUGACAACAUGAGCGCUAGCUCCAGCUCUGUCGACAGCGACCCUGAAACCACAGAGAGGGAGUUGCUCACCAAGCUCCCGGAGGGCCUAUUCAACAUGAACCAGCUAAUAGCCAAUGAAAUUAAGCUCCUGGUGGAGUGAUGCCACAAGUGUGUGUGUGUGUAAAUAUAUAUAUGACCAACUUUCUUGUACAUUUUUUUUUAAAAAAACAACCAACUUGUAGUGCUGUUUAUCGGAAGUGACUCACGGUAGGGAUGUUUAACCCGGGGAGAAAGAUUAAAACACGCAUGUUCUGUGAAUGCUGCUUUUGCUGCUUAUUCGACUUGGCAGGCCGUAAUUUUUAAUUUAUAUUUUUGGGAGCCAACUACAAUACCCAGUUUAAUAAGCCUGUAUUCUGGGAUUUUUUUAAAAAAACAAAAACAAAAACACAACAUUCUGUUUCGAUUUAGAGAUGCCACUGUGAUCGUAACAUCCACUGCAGAGCAUGUGUGUUCGUAGGGUACAGUUUCAGCUGAAUAAUGUGCUUUCGGAGUUUGAAGACUGUGUCAAGCACUCCAAAGGCAUCCGUGAGCUAAUGUGUCUGCAAGCCAUUGUUGGAGCUGAGUCUGAAUAGGUUGCUGUGUGUCCCUUGCUGUAUGUUCCGUAGGAGUCAAGGGUGGGAUUUGGGGCAACCUGUUUUCUUCCAAAGGUAUGAAAGACCAGCAUUUCCUCCCCUUAGUUCAGUAGGCUCAUGUCCCUGCCAAACAGCCCCUGUUGGCCUUGGAAAGCCCAGCUGUUAAGGUGCUUUAUUCAGGUCCGGCACUUGUUAGAUCAACAUGAGCUUUAUUGAAGCGAAUCUGCGACUUCUGCCAUUCCAGUAUUAACAAACGGGUUUGUUGCAUACUUGUUUAUAUUAAAAAGCAAACAAACAAAAGCUUCCUUAAUGAGAGAAAAUUUUAGUAUAUGGGCAUGUGAAGAUUAAAAAUCCUUUUAAUUCUGGGGGUGGGGUGGGUUGGCGGGGGGUGGGGGGGGAAGACAUGUCAAAAAUUCAUUCGUGCUUCUUGAUAGCAGAAGUGGCAGGUUUUCUUCUUGCACAAAAGGCAAAGAUAAACAGCACUGAUCUUGUUUGGUGUACAAAAUAAUGUUUAAUCCAAUGUGAAAAAAAAGAAUUACACUAGUUUAAAAAAUGUGCAUUGACUUGUAUUUGUUAGUGUUUUAGUCCUUUCUGCAAGAUAUAUGCUAUGUUACUGUUACAUUUCCAAUGACAUACUCAUCCGACACUCCCCUCUCCAUGCCUGCAUCCAUAACAGUGGCCAAACAUACCCCUGCACUAUUUAAUGAUAACAAUAAAAACCUAGACCUCUGUA